AUGUUAUUGCCAGAGAGCAUUGAUACCCAAAGUUUAAUUAAAAGAAUUGUCUACUAUAACAAUUAUGACCGUUCGGGUUGGUGGAGAUGGAGAUGGUUAUUAUGGUUAUUAAUAUUAAUUCCAAUUUUUGCCAUGAUAUUUUUAUUAUCAAGAAGAAGAAGGCAGAAUAAAGUAGUAGCUUAUAACAAUCCUGGUCCACAACCAAAUGGAGCUUACUAUAAUAACAAUAAUCAAUAUCAAGGAGGGUAUCAAGGAGGGUAUCAAGGAAAUAACGAUUUACCACCACAGGCUACUCCAGGAUAUAUCCCUCCUGCUUAUCCUGAAACUUCACAACAACAAGGAUCAUAUGGUGGUGGUUAUAGUUCUCAACAACAAAAUGGUUAUAAUCCUCAACAACAAAAUGGUUAUAAUCCUCAACAACAACAACAACAACUGGGAACUUAUAAUUCUGAAGAAUUUUCUAGACCCGAGGGUCCACCCCCGGCACAUACUAAAGGUUAUUAG